AGGAAAUUGGGUAGAGAUGGGUAAGAAGAAGAAGGGAGGAAAUAAAUUGGCGCGAAUGUCGGAGGAGGAGCGAGCCCGAUACCUACAGCACAGAGCAGAUAUGGAGGAAGAGGCUAGGAGGCGUAAGGAGACCCUCAUAGCGCUCUAUAUGAAAAACAAAUUAAAGCGAGAGGAUGCUUUUACGAGGCUCAAUAUGGCAAAAAUUAACCAAGAAUGGCGAAGUAUUCUGCGUCAGCUGAAAUGUGAGGAACUGAAGGAGGAAAUUAAGUGCGUUGAAGUCUUCUGUGGAGAUUCCAUUGAGCACAAGAAUCAAGUCAUUAGACGCCUCCUGUGUGACCUGGAUGAGUCUGAAGAACUGUACUCUACCAUGCUCCAUGCACACGUGGAGAAUAUCGAGAGAAUAAUCACUCUUCACUCCGAACGUCUCAAGUUCUGGCACGAGUGGUACGUGACGGAGAAGCAAUCGAUGCUGGGCCGUUUCCAUGGGCAAAUGGCACGCUACCGUAUGCGCAAAGAUGCUGCCCAGGAAGACCUCGAGUGCAUUUGCUUCGCUCUCGACACUGAAAUUUCGCAUGAUGAACACAAUGCUGCUGAAGACCACAUUAAGCGUACCGAUGAUCUCAGGAAUACCAUGACAAUUCAUCUUGAGGAAGUGACAAAGGAUUGUGAACAAGCUAUGGAGAUACUCUGGACAGAUUUUCAGCAAGUGCUCAACACAUACCUUGCCUACACGCAAGAAUUUCAUGAUGAGUAUCUCGAUUUGAAACGACGCGAUGAGGAUGACACUAAACUCAUUCAGGUGCACUAUUUUGAGGUGGCCAGAAAUACAGAAGUUAUCGCUGAACUACGUUAUCAGCUCACGGCUGUCCGCGAAGAAAAAGACUUUACAGUGUCUCAAUUGGAAAAGUUUAAAAGAAAGCUACAGCAAAGGUAUGAUCACUCCAAAGCUGCUCUUGUGAUGGGGGCUAAGGAGGACAAGGACCGGAUUCGUCGUCUUGUGGUUGGUAGUUCUAAUGCCAUCCGCAAACUUCAGAAUGUCGUUAAAAAAGGCAAUAUUCUACUGCAAUUAGUGGAGAUUUGUGGGAAAUUGGAGACUGAAAGAGAAAAGGUCAUUCCAUUCAACAAUGAACCAACUAAGAAGUGGUCAGAUAUUGAGGAUACAAAGGAUGACUUCAAAAAUGUAAGAACUUAUAACUCUCUUUUAACUUUUUCUACUUUUUAUUUUUUAAUAUUUUUUAUUUAUUUCUUCUUUAUAGCAACUUUCAAAUUGUUCUCGAGAAUGGAGAACUUUUGGAUUCGGUUCAACCGAGCACGACUGGACUGUGCAUAUUUGCAGGAGGAGAGAGUUACGCUCCAGGAGAGCAAUCGCGCCCUAAAACAUCAAUUGCGGGAGUAUUUGGUGGCUGUGACUAUGAAGUCAACACGAUGCGGUGAUGCUCACCUCCUGGAGCGUCGUCCACGAAGUAUGAAGGUGGAGAAAGUGGUGCACAUUGAGUUACCCAGGCGGAAACUUCAUCCCAAGCUAAGGCGCCCCGUGACGUGCAUCGAGGGAAAUUUAAGCGUGGCUGUACGGAGUGAACGAUUGGUGCAGAGCAAAUUUAGACCACCACAGAUAUUUCCCGUGGUGAAUGGUCCAUGAGGUGGUGAUUGUUGAUGCCAACUCUUGGGCGGCUGGGGACACAAUAAGAGUUGCUUAAUUACAGUACCAGUGAAAGCACUGCAUAGGUCCGGGCUUUUGGCUAUUGAAACAGAAGAAUGCUCCUUUCUUGUAUGCUAGUCACGAUGUCAUUUAUUGACAAUCAACGUGCAUAUUGUGCUGCCUCAGG